CCGCCUCCCCCCCCUCUGUUACGCAGCGUGUGGCGGCGGCUCCUCAAGCACACACACACAGACAUGGCGGCGGUUAUGGCGGGUCAGGGAGCGCAGAGUCUCUCUUAUAAUCACAAUCUGACACCGGAGUGGACCCGGCGGGAAGUCAGCACCGGGACCACGAUCAUGGCGGUGGAGUUUGACGGAGGAGUCGUUAUGGGGGCCGAUUCCCGGACGACCACGGGGUGAUUUUCCAACCAAAAGGUGACCGAUGUUCUCUAAACCCAGAUCCACGACCAGAUCUUCUGCUGCCGCUCGGGGUCCGCUGCCGACACGCAGGCCAUCGCGGACGCCGUGACUUACCAGCUGGGCUUCCACAGGCUGGACGAGGCUCCCCUGGUCCAGACAGCGGCCAGCCUCUUCAAGGAGAUGUGCUACAAGUACCGAGAGGAACUGAUGGCCGGCAUCAUCGUGGCAGGGUGGGACAGAGACGAGGGUUUAACAACCGUCCCAUCGAUGGGGGGGAUGAUGGGAGAGCAGCCCUUCUCGAUUGGGGGCUGCAGCUCCUACACCACUCUCGGCUUCGUGGAUUCAUCCUACCGCGGGAUGAGCAAGGAAGAGUGCCUGCAGUUCACUGCCAACGCGCUCUCCCUGGCGAUGGAACGCGAUGGCUCCAGCGGGGGGGUGGUGCGUCUGGCUGCCAUCACAGAGUCCGGCGUGGAGCGCAGGGUCAUCCUGGGGAACCAGCUCCCCAAAUUCGCCAGCUGCUAGAGGGGACUCCCCCCCCUUGUACUGUACCCCUCCCCCCCUCCUACUGCAAAUAAACUACCCAAAACAAA